AGAAUUAAAACUAGAUAAGAAAUGUAUAAAGGACAAAGGAGAUAAACCUUUCUUCUCCAAAUAUUGUAGAGGUGGUUGUUGCUGCUGUAUAAUCUUCUGAACAGACUGACCUGGGGAAUGGAUCAUUUAUUUUACCUUCAUCUCUUCCUGUUAUUCUUCAACCUUAUCUCUUUCAGCUCUUCUUCUAAUCCAAAAUCUUCCAUAGUUACUCUUGGGAACUAUGGAUAUCCUUCUUCUUCAAUCAAAGAAGAGAUAAUUAGGGUAGCUAAUGCAACUGAGAAUGUGGAGUGGCUCAAGAGGAUAAGGAGGGAGAUCCAUGAGUACCCAGAACUUGGUUAUGAAGAAUUCAGGACAAGUGCUGUGAUAAGACGUGAGCUUGAUCGGAUGGGUAUUGGAUAUCGAUGGCCUGUUGCAGGUACUGGUGUGGUGGCCACUAUAGGAUCAGGGUCUCCUCCCUUUGUUGCUUUAAGAGCAGAUAUGGAUGCUUUGCCGAUUCAGGAAUUGGUAGAGUGGGAGCAUAAGAGCAAGAUAGAUGGGAAAAUGCAUGCCUGUGGGCAUGAUGCACAUGUUACCAUGCUACUGGGUGCUGCAAAGAUACUGCAAGAAUUCAGGGACACAUUACAGGGAACUGUAGUUCUUAUAUUUCAACCCGCCGAGGAAUUGGGCAGUGGAGCACUUAGAAUGAUGGAAGAAGGUGCACUAGAAAAUGUGGAAGCAAUCUUUGGGAUGCAUGUGGUUCAUCGUUAUGGAAUAGGUACAGUGGCUUCUCGACCUGGAGAGUUUUUAGCAGGUUGUGGAUCCUUUAAAGCAGAGAUCAAAGGGAAAGGAGGUCACGCAGCCUCACCCCAGGAAUCUAUUGAUCCUGUCCUGGCAGCCUCAGCAUCUGUCGUUAGCUUGCAACAUAUUGUUUCAAGAGAAACAGACCCUUUACAGUCCCAGGUUGUGUCUGUGUCCUCGUUUCAAGCUGGAGGUGCCUUCAACGUCAUCCCGGACUCGGCUGUAAUUGGUGGCACUUUCAGGGCAUUCAACAAGCAGAAACUCGAUUUGUUGAAGCAAAGAAUACAACAGGUUAUUACAGGGCAAGCAACAGUACACAGAUGCUCAGCUACGAUAGCCUUUCAUGAAGAGGACCAUCCACUGCUUCCUCCAACUGUGAACAAUGAAAGAAUUUUUGGUAUCAUGCACAAUGUCGCAACAGAGAUCGUGGGAGAGAAAAACACUCACACUGCUCCUUGCAUCAUGGGUAGUGAAGAUUUUGCCUUCUACAUGGACAAGAUUCCUGGAUCAUUUCUCCUGAUUGGUACAAGGAAUGAAAGGCUGGGAUCAGUCUACCCACCACAUAGCCCUUACUUCACAAUUGAUGAGGAUGCCCUCCCCAUCGGGGCUGCAAUACAUGCUGCAUUUGCACAUACAUACCUAAUAAGUUCAACUCAAUAGAAAGUAGCAUACCUCAAUUUUUUUAAUGAGAACUCUCUCUAGCUCAUUUUUUUAA